AUGGAUAAAUCACAUAUCGAAGCUCUUGCAAUAAAUAUCGUUAUAGAUCCGUGUCAAAUAUGUGGGGAUGAUAUUUAUACGCUUGAACUCUCCAUAAUCAAAGAGUUUACCUUAGCUUCGUUUGGGCACAUUUUUCACCAAAAGUGUCUCGAAGAGUAUCUGGUGGAUGGUGAGUCGAGUUGCCCUUAUGAUGGUUGUAAUAGAGAUAUCGAAACUUUUCUCUCUCGGGAUCUUUUAAAGGGAUUGCAAAACCAGACAGCCCCCAAGUACGUAGAUAACAAUGAUGACGCGCUUACGGAAGAAUCUACAAACCAGAAAAAACGUACUAGGGAAGAUAGUAACGAAUCAUGCGAAGCGCCUCUCGGCUCCACAUCUACUUCUGGAAAAAAGGCAAAGAAGACUAAGAAGCCGGUUGGUCGGGAUCAAUCCCCUACAUUGCAGAGACUGAUUAAAGAAUUGACUACUACUGAUUCUGGAGAUGAAGAAAUUUUGCUAACUGAACCCGCCUCUGAAUCGAACAAUGACUCAAAUAUCUUCCUCAACCUAUAUAAUAAGAUUGUUGCUGGUGAAGACCUACUAAAAAAGACAACGCAAGAUGUUCUUCGCCAUUACUUUGAUUUUGGGGAAGCAAUGAAGAAAAGGUAUGAUCAAUAUAGAUUGAAUCAUGAAGAUUUGGCGUCUCAGUCUCUA